GAUACGCCAAGUCUCACGCCGAGGCAUCAACUCUCUUCACUUAUUCUUAAAACCCACACGGCAUACCACUUUAUACUUUAUAUUACUUGUUGACAUUCGUACGUUCUGUUCUUCUUAAUCUACGUAGAAUAAUUCCCAAACACGGCGUCUUUAAUGCCAUCGAUAUAUUAAAAUUUACCCAACUCAUCUCAACCUUUACCGCGAACCCAAACCAAAACUUCGUCGUACCAUGGCAGAAGAACCCAAAAUAAUCCCACCAUUCGAUCCCGGCACCGCCCCCUCCGCUACCGAUCCCUGCCCAUUCUGCUCCAUAUCCUCCACCUAUUCCCCCUUCCCUCCCGAUCAACCUCCCCCAACGGACUCCCCCUCUAUCGAUCCCUUCCAACUCGCGCCCCCGGCCUUCGUCGUGCUUUCAACGCCUACGCUCGUCGCUUUCCUCGAUAUAUUACCCCUGUCCAGGGGCCAUCUCCUACUAUGCCCUCGCGCCCACCGCUCCAAGUUAACCGAUGUCACGUCUCACGAAGCCGCCGAGCUAGGCGUUCACCUGCGCGUACUAUCCGCGGCCCUCGUGAGCGCCACGGGGGUCAAGGACUGGAACGUCGUCCAGAAUAACGGUGCGGCGGCCGCGCAGGUUGUUAAUCAUGUGCACUACCAUCUCAUCCCACGACCAGAGAUACGCGCCAGUGGGAGGUUUAGGGAAAGCUUUACAAUGUUUGGCCGCGGAGUGCGCGAGGAGUUGGACGACGACGAAGCGGUAGCGUUGGCGGAACAAGUGAGAAGGAGCAUAGCUUUUGUACUAGAGGAGGAGGCUAGGAAGGGGAAGCUAUGAGAACUUCAAAUUUCAAACCGCUACUCGUCGUCGCCGAAGAAGACCUUAACCGGCAACCAGUCGUCUCCGCAGACCUUGAAGCGGUCCGGCAGGUUGUUAAGCUUCUUAAUUUCUUCGUCGGUCAACUCCCACCCGUCGAGGGCAAAAUUUCCCUCGAUCCGCUCUGGAGUGACUGACUUAGGAAUAACGUCCCAGCCGUUUUGGAUUCCCCAUUGCAGAAGAACCUGCUGCGGCGUCUUGUUCUUGCUCUGAGCGAUGGACAGUAGUGUUUUGUCCUUAUAUAGGGGCGAGUUGGUGCUGCCUAGGCACGAAUAACCUGUGACGUGGAUACCCCUCUCCUUGCAGUAGGCGACCAGCUUCGGCGAGGGGUUAUUGGGAUGGAGCUCGAUCUGGUUAACUGCCGGCUUGGC